GGGAAAUCUUGUGCUCCAUGCUGAGGCACAUAACUGCCUUACGACAGAUCAACUUGAUGAAAUGACCACAUCGUGCCAUCGGACAUGAGACACGAGACAAUGUCCAUCCCUCUAGCGGACAGAUUAGCCUAACCGCGCUCAUACGGCGCGGAAAUUGAACAGACUGGGAAUGCAGUUCACAACAGUUCACCUGUACUGCUGAAGAAACGCCGUUGAACAAGGCAACUUGCAGCGACAGCGCCCGAGCGCCCAUAGAGAUGGUUGCAGGUGGUCAACACAGCAUAGUGGCAGCCUUGCGCUUCACCAAAUGCCCAGCCGCGUGCAAUGUACGGCCAUCUUCUGGAUGCCAGGAUGGUGCGCUACUAGUAGGGUGUGCUCCAUGGCAGCGAGCGGGCACUACAGGAUCUGUCACAUCGGAGGCCAGUCUAAACAUAGAGAUAUGGGAUAUAUGUGCGAGAAUCCGAGGUUCUUCGCCUUACCAGACAUCGGCGUGAAAGCUUUCUAUGGAAAACACAAAGCUCUCGCAGACGCAACGGCGAUUCAACGUGCCACCGACUCGGCUUCUCUUCUCAAGCUCCGUGCACAGGCGAGCGCCAUGAAGUUGAAGCAUCAUAUCAGUGUAUCGCCGUCCGGGGCUGUACGAUUCAACGAAUGGCUGUAUAUCCCGUCGCAAACACAACACUUGCGGUCGCAGCGGCUGGCGCUGAGGCCUGUUCAAGAAGAAGACAGAUGACGUGGCAGCCGGCGACGACUCGGUAUUCGCUCAUGUAAGCUGUUCAGGGUUUAGAGAGCUGAAGUGACACGCAGGUACCUGGCAUCCAUGCG